CAUUUUUCGGGAAUGUAGACCUAGCGUCCGAGUAAUCGUCACCUGGAUUGGGAGCAUAAGUAUACCAAUCAACUCCUUACUUCCUCACUUCCUCACUGCGUAGUUGUCUUCCCCCACUCGUCCAAUUUACGAUGGCCACUUCAACUGUCACGAGCGAGUUUGCCAACUUCUUCAGCAAUCUUCAACUUCAUGAUAUCCCCCCAAAUAUCCGCACAGCAGCUUCGUCGCUUCUACUGGAUACGCUGACAUGCAUGCAAGCAGCAUCCAGCGCAGCGCCUGCCCAGCGCAUCAAAGAUCUUUCACAAAUGUUCCAGGGGCCCGGCUAUGGUUCCCUUGUUGGGUCAUCUUUGCCCGUUGGAACAGCACGCGCUCUGUAUGCAAACGCACGACUAGGUAACCUACUCGACUUAGAUGAGACUUACCCAGUGGGUGUGCACUUUGGCGUGGGAGCUGUGUGCGCGGCCAUUGUCGCAGCUGAAGCUGAGGAGCGGUCGGGCGCCGAUUUGAUAACAGGCAUAGUGGCAGGCUAUGAAGCUGGGGCACGUCUUGCGAGUGCUAUAGGGCCUAUGAUGGAAGUUCGUGACGGUGAGGUCAAAGGGUUCGCCUCUAUCUGGGGUGUGGCGGCGCCAGUAGUAGUGGCUGCUUGUGUUGGGUACGCGAGAGUAGUGAACAUCGAUGCCGCAGGACUGAGCCAGGCGCUGGGCAUUGCUUGCUCCAACAUUCCACUGCCAAUUGGCAACCGCUGGUCUGAAGCCAUUGACUUGCCCGACUGCAAAUACUGCGAUGCAGGCUGGUGUGCGGUCACGGGUCAGCACGGCGUUGUGGCCGCCAAAGCCGGCUUGACGGGUUUCUCAAAUAUCCUGGACGGCGCCGUGGGAGUGAUCGAGGCGUGCGGAGCGGCCAUGCCUCUUAAGGACAGUUUGACUUCUGGCCUGGGUGAACGAUGGCACCUGGCAGAUAUUACAUACAAGCCGUGGCCAACGUGUAGGUUCAUGCAUGCGCCCAUGACGGCGCUGGACCGGCUGCUGCAACGGCUGCGACCGAUGCCUGAUGAAAUCGACGAGGUCGUGAUAUACACUGGCCCGUUGGCAAAUUCAGCGCGCUUUCGCAACGUUGCGCCCAAGACGUUUGGGAGUUAUUCGUUCAGCUACCAGCAUGCUGUCGCGAUGAUGAUCUUGGGUGUGCCGGCGGGCGCCAUGUGGUUCGACGCUGAUAUCGCCGAGUCUACUGCUGCACUGAAGCUCCGACAAAGGGUACGCAUCGAGCGGUUCGGUGCAGGCGAUACGUUUGCCCGGGACAUGGUGGACAACCAGAUUCGCAAGAUGCCUGGGGCUGCCACAAUUACUAUACGCGGCCAGGCGUGGACAGAGAGCAGUGACUACGCCGCGGGAGAUCCUUGGGAUGUGCAGACAUUGUUUGACUGGGCAAGCGUCAAGAGCAAAUUCACGUCCCUGGCUUCGGACGUUACAGGAGCCCAACAGCUGCUGGACUGGAUCACCCAAAUAGAAUCUACAGCGACGCUGGAGCCUCUAUCGGCCUUUAUCCGUGCAGGACCAGUGAAUCAUUGAAGAGCGUGCUUGAUUAUAUCUUAUCGUUGAAAAGCAUGUUUGAUUAUAUCUUAUCUUUGAAAAGAGUGCUUACACUCUAUGUACUCAUCUUUCACAGUGCCCGUCCUUAAAUUCACAAGAUCCUAUGUCGUUGUCAC